AUGAUGUUUGCAAGCAGAAGGCUGAGCAAGAUGCAAAACUCCCUCCCUCCGGGGGUUACAGUUGCAAAGGCAGACAACCUAGAACAGUGGGAGAUGGAUAUCCGUGUCCUAGACAAUAAUCCGAUCUACCAAAACGAAACAUACCGCCUCAGGUUCACAUUCAGCAAAAACUACCCUAUAGAAGCUCCAGAAGUUCAGUUCAUCUCCUUACCGCCGACCUCGGACACACCACGGCCGAUACCUAUGCACCCACAUAUAUACAGCAAUGGCAUCAUAUGUCUGGAUCUUCUAGGCUCUGCGGGCUGGUCGCCCAUUCAGUCGGUCGAGAGUGUCUGCAUGAGCAUCCAGAGCAUGCUCACCGGAAAUACAAAAAACGAACGGCCUCCCGGUGAUGAGGAAUUUGUCACACGAGACACAAGGCGCCCCCGAGAUAUCAGAUUCAUUUACGACGAUAAUACCGUUUGA